ACACUUGGCAGCUCAAGAGCGCGCCGCGUGCAUUCGACGGACGAAGCAGAAGUAUCGCCUCCUCCUCCUCCUUCUCCUCGACCUUUCACGCGCACUACACAAGCCGUGCCACCGCCGCCUCCCAACAACCACGACUCUCCCAUUGAGCACCAGCUUUUGCGACGACGUCUUUUCGAGGGAACGGAGAUAACAGCUGUCAUGAGAACAACACCAGGGAGAGGGACGUCUCCGUCUGUCGCAACGAGCUUUCGCCACGUGUCAUCUUCUGCGCCGCCGAUAACAGAAGGGAGAUCGCCUUUCAGAUCGCCAGCUGUGAGGGUGGCAGCGCCACGUGUCACGCCCGCAGAGAAGCAGGGGAAAAAAUUAUCCUUCGUCACGUCUAGUUUGCCAAUGCCAGAGGGCCACGGCCUUAACCCCUCCCCCUCCCCCUCCCCCUCCCCCUCCUCCUUCUUUGCAUCAAAAAGCGCGGGAAAAGGAGAAAGGGCAUCUGCCAGGUCAGCUCCGGGAGGAGCAGAAGGGAGCAGCAACAGGUCUUUUGCCGCGACGACGACUCCCGCCAUCGAGAGAAAACCAUCCACCUCCUCAAGUACGGUCGGGAUCGCGACAAGAGAAAGCAUGCGGCGAUCAUCUGCGGGGACGCCGCUCGGUAAUCAAGGGGCGCUAUCCGGCAUCCAGCGGACUGCGAACGAACCCAGACCAGUUUCCGAGCCAGGUGCAGGGAACGACGCGAGAACGUCUACGGCUAUAACACCACCUGCAGGGGAUGGAUCGUCAUCUCUCAUCCCGAUCCAGACCGUCAGGCAAGAAGAAAAACCCCUUGUCAAGCCAAUUAGCGAAACGCCAUCCGCGGAAACGCCACGUGUCGCCCUCUGGAAGAGCAUUUCUUCUCCAUUCAGCAGAGAAACGCCGCGUGUCACCCGCCGCCCUACAGGCGGGGAAAUGAGGCCAUCAUCUGCCGGAGGAGGAGGAGGAGGAGGAGGAGGAGCUUCGACUGCAUGUCAAACCAGCAGGCCCGCGGCAGGUCAGAAAGAGGGGGCAGAGGCCUACCGCCACGAAAUCACCUAUCAACGCCGACGCCGGGCGUUUGAUGAAGUCAACAACCCACCAGUCAGUCAGAUCGUGCCACGUGGCACUCCCGUGGAUGACAGCUGGAAGGGGGGGGAAGGGAAACCCCCGCAGCUGCAAGGUCGAAGGGAAACCUAUCAGGAAGGCGCCCAUCAGCGCCGCCGUCGUGGUUUUGAUGAAUCCAAGAAACCACAAGUCAAUCAGAUCAUGCCACGUGUCACUCCCUUGGAUGACGGCUGGAAGGGUGGGGAAGGGAAACACCCGCAGCUGCAGCUGCACAGUCGGGAUGCUGACGUGGCGGGCGACAGUGCAAAGCGUAGGUUGUCCGAGGAAACAUCGCCGCUGAGUGAUGGCCGCCCACGUGAGAAUGCACCCCCCCCCACAACACAGUGCCUGCCCAACGGGAUGAAGAUCUUCCAGAUCGGGACCCCGGUGGAACCCACCUGUUGCAGCGGACAGCCUGUCAGGAUCUACCCAGGUGAAGUGACACGUCAUCACCCUGAUGAGGUCGGGACGUUAACCUCAUCAACGAUUUCUGACUCAUUGGGCGCCCCCUCGGUCGGGAUGGUCAGGGUCACCUGCGACCAGCGUGUGGACCUCUCGAUGCUGCUUCGCUCCUCUCAUGGAGGAGGAGGAGGAGGAGGAGGGUAUCCGAAUACCACAUCCAGCAGCUUCACAACCUCCACCUCCUCCUCUAUGCAGCAGGAGGAGGAGGAGGAGGAAGAGGCCGCCGCCGAUACGGUGACACGUCAGCAGCCAAUCAUCCGGAUCGGGGUCUCCACCUCCUCAAGGCCUGAACAUUGCUUUCCACCCGGCCCCCUUCCCUUUCACCCCCCCGUUGGCAGAUCUCCCCCCCCUUUGUGUUGCAGUGGAGGGCAACCCCUCACUGCCAAACCCUUAUUUGCUAGCAGCUUACAGAAGAAGACGAAAACGAAGACGAAGGCGAAUGGCGGCCUGGGUGACAGAGGCCGUCUUGUUCGGAGCCAACAGCAUCAGCAGGGUGUCGAUGGGGAUCCCAACCUUUCCGGGAGAAGGAUUGAUUGGUCUCGGGACGAGGAUGAGCGGAAUGAGCGCAAGAGUCUGAUGGCGAUAGAAGAAGGAGAAGAGAAAGAAGGAGGCGAAGAGAAAGAAGGAGAAGAAGAAGAAGAAGAAGAAGAAGCUGCUGAGCUGUACGUAGCAUGCCCCAGCUCUGCCCCAUGCUACCCACCGGGGGUCUUUUUCUCAACCCUUCAGGACAACUGGCCAUGUUGCUACGGAGGGCUGCCGUACGUGGCCUCCUCGGAUUCUGCCACCGAAGACGAAUCUGUCUACAGUUGGACGUGCUUGGCAUUUCCCGCCAAUUCCUCUCUUACCUCUCAGGCCCAGCUACUGUCUCAAUCCCUAUCCCAAAUCGAGUCCCAAUCCCAGUUUCAGUCCCAGUCCCAGUCCCAGUCCCCAGCCGCCGCUGAGGGAGCAUCGGGCAACCUGGACGGGAUCUCUUCCCAGUUGACGUCAUCUGCAACUUCACCAGAAAGUUCCCCCGGGGGUACCGAACAAGGCAAGCAAGCAGCUUCUUCCCCACCACGUGGAGGGCAAACUGUUGCAGGCAAUCUUGGAGAUGAUGGAGGUGGGGACAUCAACGGUCACCGCGGCGGCCAACGCGUCGGUGGAUAUGAUCAGGAUGAUGAUUAUAACGAUGAUAUGCGAAGGCAUGGUGACCCUAUGCCAUCCAGCUUUGGGGAUAGGUUUCCCCAGAAUGUGACCGGGCGACGGUUCUCCUUCCUCCCCCCGCCGCUGAGUUGGCGGUCUGGCCUUGGACGGGUGGAGACCAUCCUCAAACAUAUGAUCAGGAUACGUGGCAAGAGGUUGAGACGUCCGCCGCCAUCACCUCCAGCUUUUGGUCCCGCAGUUGGUCCUGGUCCCGUUUCUGGGACAACUUUUGGUCCUGCAGUUGGUCCUGGUCUCGUUUCUGGGACAUCUUUUGGUCCCGCAGUUGGUCCUGGUCCCGUUUCUUGGUCCAGUCCUUCCCCUGUGCAGGGCAGUCUUAGCCUUACAGGUGGCAGUGCAAUCUCAGGUGAGCAUUCACCCGAGCCACCCUUGUCAGCGACCUAUGCAUAUUUGCCGCCGCUACCUGACAAUGACAGCCUUGUUGGUCAGUCUACUGCUCCCUCCCUCACGCUCUCGACACCUUCUACAUCGCCAGGCUAUCAUCUAGGGUAUGAUAAUAUUUCAUCCGGUGCCCCUAGCCCCUUUUUCCUGGACAAUCAAGACAAACAUGGUCUUCAUUCUCCUUUCUACCCUACUUCUGCUCCUGCCGACAACCCCUCCUCCGCUUUGCUCCAUGGUGUGGCAACAGAAGAUGCUGCUGUGUCCUCCCCACCGUCUCUGCCGGCUGCAGAUUUGGAGGUCAGCGUUCCUUCACCUGACCCUCUAGAAGUGGGCCCCACCACAGGGUCAACCUCGUGGUCAACUCUGCACAGCAGCAGGCCGACAAGUUCGCCAACUUCACACCUACAUUCUCCCAAAUCAUUGAUACCACCCUCAUUUCCAUCACAAUCAGGCUCACCUGCAUCUGCUUAUUUCCCCUACCCUGCUGCAAGUGCCUCUGGUGGCCUGCCUUCUCAUCCAUCACUCGGGGAAUCGGCGUCAAGCGAGACAGUGCCUGUGAGUCUUUCUGAGGACAAAAGAGGCCCAUCAACGUCCUUCUCGUCCUACGCACCUCAUUCCUCGUCCUCUGUACCAUCUCCCGCCUUGUCCCCGUGGCACGCAUUCAUGGGACUCGAUUCUGCUUAUCCGCCUCACUUGUCACAUUCUAGCUCCUCCUCUCCUCAAGCACCCUCUGGGGUGCCACGGGCUUCUGCCGAUCUCUCUUCAUCUUCGUCUCUGCCUUCUUUGUACUCCUCCUCAUUGCUGCCUAUGGAGGGAAUACCACCUAACAGAGCAACGCUGCCAACUGCAGGUGGUACGGCAAUUCCGUUAAGGGCUCCAUCUGCGGCUCAUGCGGCACCGGGUGCUGCGGUGGCUUUCCCUUACCCAUUACCCUCGACUCUGGGACUAUCACCUUCAGAUCUCCAGUCCUCCUUAAGCCCUUCUGCAGCUAAUGCUGACGAAGUCGUACUGGCCCCUCCCUCUCCUUCCCUUUUCGAACAGCCGCAACCACUAACAGAUGCAUUGGCUGCAUCACAUCCUUCUCCACCAUUUCCGGACCUCGGGGGGCAGCCUGUACCGCCGGCUGGUGGUGGUAGCCACGCGCAUUCUGGAGGGCACUACUCUCCUCUUGUCUCCGCCCCGCUUGCUCCCUUGCAAUCUAACUCACCCACAUGCAUCCAAGAGGGAAUGCUACUCUCAUUCCCAACCCUCCAGGCGGCAAAGAGGGAAUGGCCACCGGACUGCUGUGAUGGACUGCAGCCGUUUCUAUAUGCCUUGCUAAAUGAGCGUAAGGUAACAGGUGUUGGUAUCGCGUGCGAAUCCUCUGCUCCAAUACCCACUCCAUCAUAUUCUCCAGUGCACGAGGUUGAUCUGCUUCCCUUCGCCUUGCCCAUGCCAAGUACCCCUCUCUCCAACUACUCGAUACCCGGCGCAUCACCAUCCGACGCAAUCGGCAGCCCUUCUCAGCCACUUUUCAUGGACAGUUUGCAAGUUAUGGGAGCCACCGGUUCCACACAGCUUCCAAGUGCACCACCCAAGGGUUGGCCCACAGGAGGAACUGAUUAUGACCUGCACCCUUCAACAUCGACACCAGUGACACUGCCUCCCAGCAGUUCUGGGAUGAUGGAUUUAGAGAAGCCAACAUCUCAAAGUAGUGCUGCGCCGUCUGUUCCCAUCCAGGCUGCAGCACCUGCGUUACUCUCCACUAGCCAAUCAAAUGGCAGCAUUCCAGCUGUCUCACAUGGACAAGAAGAAACAGAACCGGAAGAUAAUGAUGAAGAUUAUGCACCUCUUCUGGCACCCUUGGUUCCGUCUCGCCCGCCAUUCGUUCUCACCCCUUUGAGCACGCCAUCAAUUUUGCAGUUGGUGCCAGGGCCAGCCUCUCAAGCUGAACGAGCCCCUCGACCAAUUUCACAGCCAGCUCUUGGGCCAGCCUCUCGACCUCAGCUAUCCACUCCACCUGGAGCUAUUGGGGAUCUUAGAUCGACGGUGGCACCUGUCCCUCUGGGUGCAGGAGAUUGGUCUGCAGCCAGCUCACCUGGGAUGCUGCCAGGCCAGGGUGGUGGUCCUCGACAACCAGGCAAACCUCCUGAGAUCGGGCCGUCAUUACCUCCCGAAAGCUCCGAAAAGGCUACAGGGAUCGACGGUUCCAUAGCAGCACCAUCAUCGCCGUUCGGUAGUCUGGGCACUUUUCCUUCGGCGCCCAUUGUUUCCCACCCACUGUGGAUAAGUCACCCAAUAUCUGCUCCCAACCUCGCGCAAGCACCCGGCCCAACGUCUGGUACCCAACUGAAUGGCAGUGUCCCACAUACCGAGCAUGGGACACAUGGAACACCGGCAUACGAUUAUUACGGUUAUAAAGACUUCUCGGAAACGAUGGCUCUCCCACAACCUUCUGUUCCUAUUCACUCACUGCAUGUAUCUGCUCCUAUCCCACAGUCCAUCAUCAGUCCGGGAUCUUCCCCUGCAGCAUCUCUAGUGCAGUCCGCUGAGUUCGGUCAACAAAUACAGCUACCGACCGCUGAAAUGCCUAAGGCUAGUGGUGAAACUCCUUCGAGUUCAUUUGGAUACGACCCUUCCCCCUCAUCUCUGCUGCCGGUUUCUUCUUCCCAAACCUACUCUCCCCCCUUUUCCACACCACCUCACAUUGUGUAUGAUGCACUGAUUCCUCUUUCAAUAAAUGGCACCCUGCAGACUGGUGGUGGUAGCCCUGCGCAUUUUGGACAUGGCCCCCCUCCACAUGCGUCCCUCGAACUUCCUCCCUUGCAAUCGGACUCACCCACAUGCAUCCAGGAGGGCAUGCUACUCUCAUUCCCAACCCUCCAGGUGGCGAAGAGGGACUGGCCGCCAGACUGCUGUGAUGGACUGCAGCCGUUUCUUUUCGCCUUAGUCAACGAGCGGAAGGUAACAGGUGUUGGCAUGACGUGCGAAUCCUCUGCUGCAAUACCCACUCCAUCAAAUCCUCCAGAUCAGGAGGGAGAUCUGCCUCCCUUCUCCCUAUCCAUACCAAGUACCCUUCUCUCGAGUUACUCACGACCAGAGAUAUCACCAUCCAAUGCGAUCGGCAGCCAUUCUCAGCCACAAUUCAUCAACAGUCUCCAAGCUACGGGUGCCGAUUCCACACAGUCUCCAAGUGCACCACCCGAGGGUUGGCUCACAGCGGAAACUGAUGAGCUGCGCCCUCUGGCAUCAAUGCCAUUGCAACCACCCAAUAGCCUAGGCACGCAUUUGGAGCACGUGACACCUGGAAGUAGUCUUGAACCCUCUGCUCCCAUCCAGGCGGAACCACCCGCGGCAACCUCCAUUAGCCAAUCAAAUGGCAGCAUUCCAGCCAUCGAGCAUGGGCAAGAAGAAGCAGAACAGGAACAUUAUGAUUAUGCACCUCUUUUUGCACCAUCAGUUCCAACUGAACCACAGUCCAUCGCCAGUCCGGGACCUGCCUCUUCUGCUCUGUUUCAAUCACUACAAAGUUCUGCCCCACUCCCGCAGUCCAUCGCCAGUCCUGGACCUGCCCCUUCAGCAUCUCUGACGCAGUCCAGUCAACAAAUACAGCUCCCAACCACUGAUAUCCCUGAGGCUAGUGGUGAAACUCCUUUGAGUUCGGUUGGGUAUGGCCCUUCUCCCUCAUCUCUCUUCCUGGUUUCCCAAACCGUCUCUCCUGCCUUUUCCACACCAUCUCACAUCGUGUACGAUGCGCUUAUUCCCCUUUCAAUCAAUGGCACCCUGCAGGCUGGUGGUGAUAGCCACACGCAUUCUGGAGGGCACGGCUCUCCUCUUGUCUCUGUCCCACUUGCUCCUUUGCAGUCUUACUCACCCACAUGCAUCCAAGAGGGAAUGGCACUCUCAUUCCCAACCCUCCAGGUGGCAAAGUGGUAUUGGCCACCGGACUGUUGUGAUGGACUGCAGCCGUUUCUUUUCGCCUUAGUCAAUGAGCGGAAGGUAACAGGUGUUGGUAUGACGUGCAAAUCCUCUGCUGCAAUACCCACUCCAUCAAAUCCUCCAGAUCAGGAGGGAGAUCAGCCUCCCUUCUCCCUAUCCAUACCGAGUACCCCUCUCUCCAAUUACUCAAGUCCAGGGUCAUCACCGUCAGAUCCAAUCAGCAGCCAUUCUCAGCCACCUUUCAUGGACUUCUUACAAGUUAUCGAUGCCCAUUCCACAAAGUCCCCAACUGUACCACCUGAGGGUGGGCCCACGGCCGGGACCAACGACCUGUACCCUUCGACGUCAACACCAUUGAAGCCUCCCAGUAGCCUAGGCACGCAUGUGGAUUACCCACCAUCCGAAAGUAGCCUUGCACUCUCUGCUCCCGUCCAGGCUGAAGCUCCUGAUGUAACCUCCCAUGGCCAAUCAAAUGCCAGCGUUCCAGCUACCAAACAUGUCCAACAAGAAAGCGAACCGGAAGGUUAUGAGUAUGCACCUCUUCCCGCACCAUCACUUCCAACUCGCCCGCUGUUUGUCAGCACCCCUCUGAGGCCAUUACCGAGCUCGCAGUCAGCUCCUGGGCCAGCCUCUCAAAGUCAACCAGCCACUCCACCUGACCUUGGAUUCACAAUGUCACCUAUGCCUCUGGCUGCGGGAGAUCGUUCUGCUGCCAGCUCACCCAGGAUGCCGCGAGGUCAGGACAGCGGUCCACGACAAGCAGGCGAACCUGCUGAUGUUGGGCUGCCACCGUCUCCCGAAAGCUUCCAAGCGACUACGGGGAUGGAGGGUUCCGUAGCGACGCCAUUAGUCCCUUUUGGUAGCUUGGACUUUUUGCCUCCUUCAGAGCCCAUCGUUUCCCACCUACCGCUGAAAAGUCACCCGUUGCCCGCUCCCAACAUGGCAGAAGCACCCAGGCCAAUGUACGAUACCCAAUUCAAUGGCAGUGUCCCUGCCACCGAGCACGAGGCAGAGGGAACACCUACCUAUGGUUAUUAUGAUUAUGGAGACUUCACCCAAGCAAUGCCUCUUCCUUCCCCUUCUGCUCCGGUUCACUCGCUGCAAGUUUCUGCUCCACUCCCAGAGUCCAUCGCCAGUCGGGGACCUGCCGCUUCAGCAUCUCUGACGCAGCCCGGUCAACAAAUACAGAUCCCAACCACCGAGAUCCCUGAGGCUAGUGGCGAAACUCCUUUGAGUUCGGUUGGAUAUGGCCCUUCUCCCUCAUCUCUCUUCCCGGUUUCCCAAACCCUCUCUCCUGCCUUUUCCGCGCCAUCUCACAUCGUGUACGAUGCGCUUAUUCCCCUUUCAAUCAAUGGCACCCUUCAGGCUGGUGGUGAUAGCCACGCGCAUUCUGGAGGACACGGCUCUCCUCUUGUCUCUGUCCCACUUGCUCCUUUGCAGUCUUACUCACCCACAUGCAUCCAAGAGGGAAUGGCACUCUCAUUCCCAACCCUCCAGGUGGCAAAGAGGUACUGGCCGCCGGACUGUUGUGAUGGACUGCAGCCGUUUCUUUUCGCAUUGGUCAACGAGCGGAAGGUAACAGGUGUUGGUAUGACGUGCGAAUCCUCUGCUGCAAUACCCACUCCAUCAAAUCCUCCAGGUCACGAGGAAGUUAUGCCUCCCUUCUCCUUAUCCAUACCAAGUACCCUCCUCUCGAGUUACUCACGACCAGAGAUAUCACCAUCCGAUGCGAUCGGCAGCCAUUCUCAGCCACAGUUCAUCGACAGUCUCCAAGCUACGGGUGCCGAUUCCACACAGUCUCCAAGUGCACCACCCGAGGGUUGGCUCACAGCGGAAACUGAUGAGCUGCGCCCUCCGGCAUCAAUGCCAUUGCAACCACCCAGUAGCCUAGGCACGCAUUUGGAGCAUGUAACACCUGAAAGUAGUCUUGUACCCUCUGCUCCCAUCCAGGCGGAACCACCUGCAGCAACCUCCAAUAGCCAAUCAAGUGGUAGCAUUCCAGCCAUCGAGCAUGGGCAAGAAGAAGCGGAAAAGAAACAUUAUGAUUAUGCACCUCUUUUUGCACCAUCAGUUCCAACUCAACCAGAUCCUUUGAUGAGCCCAUUAUCAAUUUGGCAGUCGGCUCCCGGGCCAGCCUCUCAAGCUCAACCAGCCACUCCACCUGGUGCUAUUGGGAAUCUUGGAUCGUCAAUGUCACCCGCCCCAUUGACUGCAGGAGAUCGCCGUGCUCCCAUCUCACCUGGGACACUGCCAGGUCCGGGAGGCUUGAAGAGUUUCGUAGCAGCACCAUCAGUACCUUUUGCUAGCCUGGGUAAUUAUUCUUCAGAGCCCAUCCUUUUCCACCCACCAUUGAUAAGUCACACAUCAUCUGGUCCCUCUCUGGCGGAAGCACCCACGCUAAUGUCUGAUACCCAGUUGAAUGUCAGUGUCCCUGCUUCCGAUGAGCAUGAGGCAGAGGGAACACCAACUUACAAUUAUUACGAUUAUGAAGACUUCACCAAAGUGAUGGCUCAUCCACCACAUUCUUCUCCGAUUGACUCACUGCAUGUUUCUGCUCCUCUCCCGCCGUCGAUUGCCGGUCCAGCAUCUGCCCCUGCAGUAUCUGAAGUGCAGUCUAGUCAACAGAUACAGCUACCAAGCAACGACAUCCCUCUGGCUAGUGGUGAAAGUCAUCGGAGCUCGUUUGGAUAUGGUCCUUCUCCCUCGCCGCUCUCUCCGACUUCUAGUUCCCAAACCUACUCUCCGGGACCCGCCAUUUCCGCAACAUCGCACAUUGCGUAUGAUGCAGAGAUUCCCCUGGCAAUCAAUGGCACCCUGCAGGCUAGUGGUGGUAGCCACACAGCUUCUCCUGGAUAUGGCCCUCCGGUCCAGUCCUUUCCACUUGCUCCCUUGCAAUCUAGCUCACCCACAUGCAUCGAAGAGGGAACGCUACUGUCCUUCCCAACCCUCCUGGCGGCAAAAAGGAACUGGCCACCACACUGCUGUGAUGGACUGCAACCGUUUCUUUAUGCCUUGGUCAGCGAGCGGAAGGUAACAGGUGUGGGUAUCACGUGCGAAUCCUCAUCCAUAACCCCUCCAUCAGGUCCUCCAGUUCACGAGGGCGACCUGCCUCCCUUCUCCUUAUCCCCGCCUAUUGGUAGCCUUUUUGGCAAUUCUCCUUCGGAGCCCAGCCUUUUCCACCCACCAUUGAUUAGUAAGCCAUCAUCUGGUGAUUCUGGUCCCUCUCUGGCGGAAGCACCCAUGCGAACCUCUGAUACCCAAUCGAAUGGCAGUGUCCGUGCUUUCGAUGAGCAUGAGGCAGAGGGAGCACCAACAUACAAUAAUUAUGAUUAUGAAGACUUCACCAAAGUGAUGGCUGUUCCACGACCUUCCUCUCCGAUUGACUCACUGCAUGUUUCUGCUCCUCCUGUGGCACAGUCUAUAGCUGGUCCUGCAUCUGCCCCUCAGACUAAACUGCCCUCUGCUUCACCUGGUAGCAUCAAGCAAACCGGAUCACAGUCGCCAUCCACCCUGCUGGACUUAGCUCCGAACACACCCGUGAGGUUGCCUUAUCAGGGCACUGGUCCUCAUCAGGAAGGCGGAAAUGAGUCGGGACCUCUUCCGGAGAGCCCCAGAGGGAUUGCUGGACUGCAGGGUUCUGGAACAGAGGCGCCAAUGCCUGUUGGGAACGUAGCCAUUGAUUUCGGUCUCUUUCCUUCUCACCCACCGCUAGGAAGUCCCGAGCUGUCGACGCCCUCCUUUGCCGAGGCACCCCUUGCAACAUCUGAUAGCAUUUUGAGUCCCAGCGAUCAGGCCAUCGAACAUCCACCAGAAGCACUAGUAGCCACUGGAUCGCCAUUGCCAUUUGCUGAACCGGUGAAAGAGGAGCGUUUUGCUAAUGUCUCACCGAUGAUGGCCCCGGAUCAAGGCAGCGGGCCUGGACGUGAAGGUGAAGGCGAGUUCGCACUCUCUCCUAACGAUGGCACACAUGAAGGUGAUGGUCAGUUUGGACUUCCUCCUAAAGGGACAACCGUGAGAGCUUCAGCAUCUUCUUCUCCAGCUGCACUGAUUUCUGGCGAGGAGCAGCAAAACGGAGAAAAUGAUGCUGAGGAUGACGCUUACCAUGAUGAUUACAUGGAUGAUGAUGACAAACAUAUUCUCGCAGUGAUCGGUCUUGAUGAUAAGGGUCGCCCAGAACAAGUUAGCACCUCAGAGGAUACCCCACCAUCUCUGAGUACAUCAACUCUUCCAUCGCAAGACAACUGCAGUGGAGGAUGGCCCUCCCGUUAUCCCCCACCGUUGCCACAUCCAUUACCACCUUCUUCAUCUCCAUCUCGCCCUUUACAAUCUCCUUCACCACUGUCCGCUGCAUUAGCUUCUCGCCCGUCAUUGUCUCCUUCACCGACAUCUCGUCCACCUCUCUUCCAUCCAUCAUCUUCCCCAUCACUAUCUGCUCUAUCACCGCCUCCAGCGACACAGACUCGCCCAUCACCUUCCCGUUCAUUUGACGAUGGGCAAGGUAACACUGAUGCCAAGCCACCGCAGCGAGCCAGUGGUUUUCAGCUUGAAGACGAGGCCGCGUUAGGCCCUACUAGGAUUCCACAGUUCAUUGCACCAUCUCUGUCUCCUCUUCCAGCUACUACUUCUACUGAUGAUGGCGAUGCCGUCGGUGAUUAUCACGUUGAUCCACUCGGAUCCCCCCCCUUUUCCCUUCACCUUGACCGUGCGAUGGCAGGAGCUCCUGCUCCCACGAAUGACAUGCCACAAAACCUGAGCUUCGUGAUUGCUCCACCUGGUGAGAGCAGUCCAUCAUCAUCGCAGUCUCCUCCAUUUGGAAGGGGGGAUUCAGGUGCUGGCUCAAAUUCCUUGGCACCAGAGCCUGAUCAAUACAUCAAUCUUCCAUUUGAUGGUGAUGCAGGUAAAGAUGGAGCAAGUCCGGAGGCCCCGUCUAUGUCGGUCCCAAUUCCAGUGUCGUCAACGUCUGUUGCACCCAGUUCUGACGGUUGGACUCCUGAAUCGACGAUGGACGUGGAUCAUGGACAGCCGGCUGCACCUUCUCCGAGUUCCAGAGUAGCGGCGCCUUUCAGUACUGUCCUUGCUCCAUUUGCUCUCAGUAGCAGUGGGGCACCCUUGGCGUUCUCUCCAGCUGGAAAAGACCAUAGUACUGUCUUUUCUACCACAGGUCAUUCCUUGUCUCCAUUGUCUGAACCGAAUCCGAGCACUGUAUCUCAGAGUCCUCUCAAAUUGGCGACCCGGCCACUUGGCCCAUCCCAUUGGACGAAUGCUAUGCCAACAGGUCCCGACUCAGAGCUCCAGCACGCUGUAGGUGAGGGUGAGUUUGGUGAGGAUUUGACUGGUUUACCCUCUCUUCCCAUUUCUGAUGUUUACGGUGAUGGAUCAACACGUUUCGACGAUUACUACACUCAGAUAGAAAGUUCACUUGAUGAAAAUCGUCCCCCGGCACCCUUGCCGAAGCCAAAUCAUCAUACGGCUUACCCUCUGCGCCCUUCUGCAUUGGAGUCAGCGUCAGGGUCUCUGCCUUCUUCCGUUCUAUCCAGUGGUCACAACAACGAGCCGGUAUCUUUUGGCGAUGAUUACACCCUUGAGGAAGUGUCUACCCAAAGUCGUCCGCUGGCACCUUAUUCAAAACCGAACCGUAGUACCCCACCUGUGCCCCCUUCGGGGUCCCUACCCGGGCCGUUGCCGUUGCCGUUGCCGUCGCCGUCGCCGUCGCCGUCGCCGUCGCCGUCACCUUCGCCUUCACGUUCGCCUUUCCUCUCCGGAGGUAAUGGCAAUCAGUCAGUAUAUUCUGAUGACAAUUCCACUCUUAAUGAAUUGUAUACCAUGGACCAUGUAUCGCCAUCCAUACUGGAGCCAGUGCGCACGAGCUUGGCACCUUCUGCAUCUGCCAAUCUUCCUAUGCCGCCUUUCAUGUCCCAGAUAGCUCCCACCGAGAGUGGGUUGUGGUCGUCAUUGUGGCAUUCCUCACCACCUCUAGUGCCUUCAACUUCUGGUAUUUCUUUGCAGCCUCCAUCGACAAUGACAGCUCCUGAUUUUCAAGAAGCAUCUCCUUAUGGCAGUCAGCAUGACUCUGAACAGCCGAUCUCGGGACCGAGCCCUCUUAUCGCGUCGCCUUUGCAUAACAAGAACGAUGCUCAGCCACUUGUAACUGGUGUCCAAACACCAAGUGCUGCCUCAGGGGCAUCUGGUCCACAUUGUAGUCCAAAUUCUUCAGGUUUCAGACCCCUCGAGUUGCCAGAAGCUCCUGUCUCUACCCUACCACCUCAGAAUCAAGACACCCAGGAAUCUCAGGCCAGCGCUCAUGCCUUUCCAAGCACAGAGGAGUCAGAGGCUCUGUCAGUGUUACCGCCUCCCCAGGGUCUUUUCCAUCCCACCCAACUGCCAGAUAUGGGAGAUAGAGAGUCUGCCGUUUCCUUCCCCAACCCAGGACCUCAGGAUUCUCCACCCUCCUCUCCAGAUUUCCCAGCCGUGCCCUCCUUAAAGUCGAAUCCAACAACUGAUACUACUAGCCUGCCCCCUCUCUUUGAACAAGAACAAGACAAGCAACACGGCAGCAGCAGCCCCCAUAGUUCUUUUUCAGGACCGUAUUGGCCAUUGGCAGAGGCUCCCCACUCAUCGUCGUUGCAAAUAGGUUUUCUCCAUCCCUCUCCAACUCCAGAGAGAGAACCUGCCACUCCCUUUGCAGGUCCUGCUUCUUCUGCUUCCUUCCACCCAAACAUAUUCAUUCCUUCUCCCUCUCCCUUGGAACCAGGUGUUGCUCUGCAAGAGGCCCCCGACUCAUCGGCAUGGCAAAUAGGUCCUCUGCAUCCUCGCCCAACACCAGAGAGAGAACCUCCCUCUUCCUCUUUAGCUCCUGCGUCUUCUGCAUCCCUCCCCCCAAACCUACCCAUUCCUUCUCCGUCUCCCUCGGCACUAGGUGUUGCUCCACUUGAGCCUACUAGUAGCCCUUCAUCCCAUCCCGCCACCGAACAAACCACCACGCUUGGUGCCCCUCCCGUCCUUGGGAGCCCUUCCCCUGACACAACUAGGGGCUGGGACCUUCCACUGACCUCUGUGUCAUUGCCUUCUCCUUCAAAGACCACUCUUCUGACACCAACUGAGAUUGUCGCCGCUCCACUUGUAGAGUUUGUAUCUGGUGUAGUGGGCACUCCUUCAUCUGUGUCAUUCACUUCCAUGCCCCUUUCAGCAGUCACUCCACCAGCUCCGCCAUCAAAUGUUUUGAACAGCAUUACCCAGGGGGCGUCUCCAGCAUGGCCCGACCGUUCUGGCCAGCCUUCAACAUCGGCCCCCAUGAACACAUCUUAUCUAGUGGGACCAGCGGGACCGAUCUCUACAGCGCCUGACUCCGAGCCGUUGCCUGCCGCAGUUCCCAGCACACCAAACACCACUGACCAAGGUUACCCUGAAGCUGACGAGGACCAUGAGGUCUUACCACCACUACCAAGUCCCAAUGCAGCUCCUGCUGAGCUCCUUAAGGAAACGACGUUAUCGCCAUCACAAUCUGAUGCGCCUUUCUCAUUCAUCAAAGAUGACACUGUAGAUCACAGUAGUAUGUCGUCCUCUUCAUCCGAGCCUCUAAAUACAGCGAUCCAGUUGGCCCCGCUGGCCAGUCUUUCGGUGGCAGGGCCUCCUUCAGCAGUUUUACCCCCCACUCCCUCCCUUACUCCAAUUGCUGACCACGCAGUAUCUUUCAAUUCUCAGGAGAAGAAUGCAGCCACUCCAGAGACUUCUCCCAGAUUCCCAAACAUCAUGAAAUUGGAUCCGCCAUCCUCUGCUCCCUCUUCUCCCGAGACCCUUCGCGCUCAACCCCCUUUCUCCUUUACCCCCUCACCGCACUCAGAACCCAUCCACCCAUGGUCAUCGACCUUUCCCCCCAUUGCAGCCAAUUUGGAAUUUUCUCCCACGUUUCUGAAACCCACCCAAACACACCCAUCACCCCCUGGUCCCUCUUUUCCUGAUACCCUCUUUCCUGAAUCGCCGUCACCCUUUGCCAUCUUGCCCCUCUCGGAACCCAUCCACCCCUCAUCCAGCUCUUCCCCAAUUGCUCAUAUGCCAUCAAGUCAACUGCAGUCAAUCCCACCAGCUGCGGUUGGCUUUGCCUCACCGGGAAGGGCCCCAACCAUCGAUCAUGCAUCAACUUUGCCUUUGGACAGUUCGCCGUCGGUACCCCCUCCAGCUAUGGCGGGCUUGGGUUCACCGGAAAGGUCCUCGACCAUGGACCAGGCACCAACUUUGCCUAUGGACAGAUCACCACCAGUAACCCAACCAGCUCUGGUUGACCUGGCUUUGCCGGAAGUGGUCCCCACCAUUCAUCAUAUAUCAACUUUGUCUCCGAAGAGUUCGGCAUCCAUACCCCUAGAAGCUGUAGUCGGUUUUGCUUCACCAGAAAGGGUCCCCACCACGGAUUAUGCAGUGGUCCCCACCACGGAUCAGGCAGAGGUGUCCAUGCCAAACCCUUCUCCCCUUGACGGCGCUGAGUCGACAGCUGUGCUUCCACCCGGUACACCAACAGCUAAUUAUGAUGGUUAUCACGUCUCUCCGCCCAGCGGCAAUUCUUUUACUAAUCCAGACAGCAGUCCCUCAACGGUGCCGCAGGCGAAUGCGACGCCAACGGUGACGCCCCCAGAUUCCAGCUAUCAAGUUAUUUCCCCUUUCACACCGUCGGUGGAAGAUGCGCCAGCACUGGCAUCGAAUCCAAUUCAUAAGCAACAAUUUCCAGACCAAGCUGCUAGCUUCCCUCCUUCGCAUGGGAUUCCAACACCUACGAUGGUAUCCCUCACCCCUCUCGAUCCAUCAACAACCACCCCGGUUCCUCCUCCUCCUCCUCCUCCUCCUCCUCCAAGCUCUCCAUUGCCACUUCCAUCUGCUUCUUCGCUCUGUGUCCGGCCUGGGGGCACGCGAAGAGCCAUGGCCUCUGAUCGCGUAACAUGCUGCUCGGGUGCUCAACCCAUUCUUCUUGUGUCGAGCAAUCUUCUCGACAGGAAUGAAAACACUGCUAUGAUGGCUGACUUCCCAGCAGCGAUAGACGAUCCAGGGGGGGGGCUCGACAGAUGGAUCCUCGCUGCUCAGCAAGACGACCAUCCUAGGAAUGAAGCAGUCAUCAGUGCAUUGACUGGGUGGCAUAACGCUGCUGCCACGAAUGGGAAGACUGUGAGUGUGAAUGACGACUUGUCGACAGCUGUUGAUGACUUUGCUGAAUUUGACAGAGGUCACGUUAUCAAGUCCACUAAUGAACAUGCCAUGAUUGGGUCAAGACCCCAUGAUGGAGAAUGGAACCCUUAUAAGGAUCCUGCUCAUGGGUUGCCAGGGACUAACAAACGCAGCUUGAUGAACUCGAAGGAGGAGGAGGAGGAGAAGGAGGAGGAGAAGGAGGAGAAACCAGACGGGAUGGAGGAGCAGCAGCGGGCGAAUGAGGCAAAAUGGGUAGAGAAGGACAAAGACGAAGAGAAAUUUCCUGCAUCAGUGGAUGAAGUAAGUGAAAUGCCGAAGUUGGCGGUCAAAAGAGAAAAGGAGAAGGAGGUUGCGGAGGAGGAGAAUAACUUGAAUAAACAAGUAACGGAGAGCAAGGGUGCAGAGGAGAAAGAGGAGAGUGAGGAGAAAGAGGAGAAAGAGGAGAAAGAGGAGAAAGGGGAGGAUGAGCAGCAUGUCAACAACCGAAAAGAUGACGAGGCAAUAUGGAUGUGCCCAUUUGCUCGCCGUGUGACACGUGCUGUUGAUGGUUUGCAUCUCACUGGUCCUUAUGGUGAGCCCUUGGGGUUUCAAGGAGUCGGGGGUAGGGAUUACUGCCUGGUCACAAGUUCGGAGUUCCAGAUCAACAUGCAGCUCAAGAAUGGCGGACGACCAACACUGACGUACAUUUCUGCCAUAGCAGUUUUGCUUGAUGGCCAUCAGGUUGUCGUCUCCCUCAACCACGACGGGAAAGAGUGUGGAGCAGGGUUCCUUGGAUGUGUGGAAAUCGACGGCGUCGACGUGAUUAACGGUAGUGCGGUCCUCAAUUUACCUGUAGAGGUGAAGACGGACGAGAGGAAGAGCAAGAUCCAGAUAAAAGUAGCGACUUUGGCGGAAAUGGAGAUCAGAGUAAUGCAGCAGCAGCAGCAGCAGCAGCCGCAGCAGCAACAUGCUGAUUUCGGUCGUCUGUAUGAGGGAGGACCCCAAGCGCAGGCACCAUUCAAUUCUCUAAUGCUCAAGCUGAGCUGGUUAAGAGUGGAACCGAGUACACACGGAAUUAUAGUAAAGGCAGAAGGGAGGAGGGAGGAGGGAGGAGGGAGGAGGGAGGAGGAAGAGGGAGGAGGAGGGGAGAAGGGGAGAAGGGAGGAGGAGGAAGGAGGGAGGAGGGAAGAAGGAAGAGGGAGGAGGAGGGGAGAAGGGAGGAGGAGGGAGGACGGAGGAGGGAAGAAGGAAGAGGGAGGAGGAGGGAGGAGGGAGGAGGGAGGAGGGAGGGAGGGAGGAAAACCGAUGCAGCAGAGGUUGGGCUGGGAAGCCACAGCUAAGAAGAUGUGGAAUGAGUGCCGUCAAGCGUACCACAGAGCGCAGCAACAGCAGCAGCAGCAGCAGCAGCAACGUCAAAUUGAAUAUAAAAGCAGUCUGACGCCGACGCUGACGCUGACGAGGAAGAGGAAGAAGAGCUAUUCUCAGCAACAGCAAAAGCGAUCUCCUGUCUCAGUCUCAGAGGUGCUUGUAGCCAAAGCAGAAGACUACAUGACUAGCGGACUGCGUUACACACUGGGGCCAAGAGGGGACAUGGUUUGCUGGGUGAGAGAGGGAGGAGAGGGGGGAGAGGCAGGAGGAGGAGGAGAGGGAGGAGGAGGAGAGGGAGGAGAGGGAGGAGAGGGAGGAGAGGGAGGAGAUGCAAGAGACAGAGGAGGGGAGGAGAGGGAGGAGAGGGAGAACAGAGGGAGGAGAGGGAGGAGAGGAGGGAGGAGGAGGAGAGGGAGGAGAGGGAGGACAGAGGGAACGGAGGAGAGGAAGGAGAUGCAAGAGACAGAGGAGGGGGGGACGGAGGAAAGGGAGGACAGGAAGGAGAUGCAGGAGAGGGAGGAGAGGGAGGAGAGGGUGGAGAGGGCGGAGAGAGAGGAGGAGAGGGAGGAGGACGAGGAGUUGGGAGGACCAGGAGGAGCGAGGAGCAGGAGGGGGGGGGGGAGAUAGAGGAGAGGGAAGAGAGGGAGUAGAGGGAGGUAAUGCAUGAAUGCAUG